AUGCUUGAGGGUAUAGAUUAUUGUUCUCCUCCGUUUACGAUGUUUGGAAGCGAUGAUUACAAUAAAAAGAAUGAUUUUCUGGUUGCUGUUGAUGAUGAUGGUGAUGAUGAUAAAUCAGAGGGUUUUAAGAAUCUGAAACCAAUUACAAAGGGUAAACCUCCAAGGCAUGUGUCUGGUUUGAGACACAGCGUUAGCUCUACCAGAUUGGUGCUGGCUGCAGCAAAUUUGGGUGUAGAUCCCGGGGUAACUGGAAGUAAGUCAUCUUCUGAAGACAAGACAGAUUAUCUACCCAUAUUUCGAUCAGGAAGUUGUGCUGAAAGAGGGCCUAAACAAUAUAUGGAAGAUGAACACAUAUGUAUAGAUGAUCUUACUCAACACAUAGGUUCUGCUUCAAAUAUUCCUUUUCCUGGAGCUUUCUACGGGGUGUUUGACGGUCAUGGAGGAACAGAUGCUGCUUUGUUUGUAAGAAAUAACAUCCUUAGACUCAUUGUCGAGGACUCACAGUUUCCAACUUGUGCGGGGAAAGCAAUUACAAGUGCGUUUAUGAAAGCUGAUUAUGCAUUUGCAGAUUCCAGUUCGCUGGAUAUCUCCUCUGGCACCACUGCUUUAACUGCUCUUGUAUUUGGGAGGAACAUGAUAAUUGCAAAUGCGGGGGAUUGUCGAGCUGUAUUGGGGAGACGAGGAAGAGCAGUUGAGAUGUCAAUAGACCAGAAACCAAAUUGCAUUUCAGAAAGGCUAAGGAUUGAAAAACUUGGUGGAGUGGUAUAUGAUGGAUACUUGAACGGCCAAUUAUCUGUUUCCCGUGCCUUAGGAGACUGGCACAUGAAGGGUCCUAAAGGUUCUGCUUGCCCUUUGAGUGCUGAGCCAGAGUUGCGAGAAGUAUGUCUGACCGAGGAUGACGAGUUCUUGAUUAUGGGCUGCGAUGGCCUGUGGGAUGUUAUGAGUAACCAAUGUGCUGUUACCAUGGCAAGAAAAGAGUUGAUGAUACAUAAUGAUCCUCAAAGGUGUUCAAGAGAGUUGGUCAGAGAGGCUCUUAAGCGUAAUUCAUGUGAUAACUUAACGGUUAUCGUUGUAUGUUUUUCUCCAGAUCCUCCUCCUAGAAUAGAGAUACCUCCUUCUCGAGUCAGGAGGAGUAUAUCAGCAGAAAGUCUCACUUUACUUAAGGGUGUAUUAGAGUGUUAG